CGCCCCUUCCCGAACCAAACCUCGUUACGUGUUGGUGAUGGCGGUGGAGACGAUUCCGACGCGAAAUGCAGGCUCGGCGACGGUGGCGGUCACCGGGUCGAAGGAAGCGGCGUUGACGAUGGGUGGAGGGAGGAAGGCGUCGCACUUCCGCGGUGUCAGGAAACGGCCGUGGGGCAGGUUCGCGGCGGAGAUCCGGGACCCGUGGAAGAAGACGAGGAAGUGGCUGGGGACCUUCGACACGGCGGAGGAGGCAGCCCGGGCCUACGACGAGGCCGCCCGCAGCCUGCGGGGCCCCAAGGCCAAGACCAACUUCGGUAACUCCGUCCCCGUCGUCGAGAUCCUUCCCUCGGCCGCUGCUUCCGCGGUGCCAGCGCCGCAAAUAAGCUGGAGCUUGGCACCGCCGUGGCGAUCGGGCUUCCUGGCGCUGGCUCCGGCGCCGAAUGGGCAGGAUAUGUUCCUCGGGUGGCAGUCGAACCAAUCGAAGUACUCAUGGUACCGGUUCGAAGCGGUAAAGAUGGUGGUGAGCGAGCAGGAGGAAGCGAAGAAGAAGAAGAAGAAGUCGUUCGACUUUGAUCUCAACCUGCCCCCUCCUUUCAUCUGAUACAAAUCAGACGGUUCGACUUUGUCAUUUUCUCUCGUUUCUGUAAUGCUAUUUCGGCACAUCAAUUAGGGCUAGCAGGCUUCGUCUCUAAAAGUAAAGGAAAAAAGAACCGGGGAUUCCUUG